CAGACACAGAUCGGAGUUCCUCAACUAACUCUUCUCUCUUCCACUCAGACCACCAUCCACUUACCGGAGUCUCAGAAACCGGCGUACCCACCAUGGAAAACGUGGCAAUAUUUGACUCACCUGGGAAGGGGAGGGGAUUAAAGGUGACAAAGGAGUUUUGGGCGGGAGAUGUAAUUUUUUCUGAGGCCAGUAUUGCAGCUGUUGUAUUUGACAGUCUAGCAGAGCGUAUUUGCCACAGCUGUUUCCGAAGACAAGACAAGCUUCAGAGAUGUGGGCAGUGUAAAUUUGCACAUUAUUGUGACCGAACUUGCCAGCGUGCAGCCUGGGCAGAGCACAAGCUAGAAUGCGGCGCCAUCAAAGCUUAUGGCAAAGUACCAAAUGAGAACAUCCGUCUGGUGGCUCGCAUCCUGUGGCGCCUCGACAAGGAGGGGAGCUUGGUAUCUGACAUGCAGCUGACCACGCUGGACGAGCUGGAGGACCACAUUGUCGACAUGCCAGAAGACGACUUGAAGGAGCUGAAAGUGGACAUUCACAACUUCCUGGACUACUGGCCCCGUAACAGCAAACAGCACACCGUUGACGACAUCUCACACAUAUUUGGAGUGAUCAACUGUAACGGCUUCAGUGUGAGUGACCAGAGGGGCCUUCAAGCAGUGGGAGUUGGUCUUUUUCCCAACUUGUGCCUGGUGAACCAUGAUUGCUGGCCUAACUGCACUGUAAUCCUCAACCAUGGCAAUCAAUCGGCUGUGAAUACUAUGUUUCAUUCUCAACAGAGGAUUGAGCUGCGUGCUUUGGGUAAGAUCGCAGAGGGCGAGGAACUGACAGUCGCCUACGUGGACUACUUGAAUUUGUCGGAGGAGCGACAAAGACUGCUGAAAACACAAUAUUUCUUCGACUGCACAUGUGAACACUGCAAGAACCGAAUCAAAGACGACAUCAAGCUGGGGGGGAGGGAAGUGGAGGGAGUUAAGCCUUCAGAGGAACAAGUGAAAGAGGCAACAGAUUAUUGCUUUCAGAUGCUGGAGAAGAUGGAAAAGUCUCGGUUAAAUGGUGACUACCAUGAGGUUGUAAAAAUCUGCAGGGAGUGCAUUGAGACGACAGAGCCAAUUCUGGCAGAUACUCAUAUCUACCUUCUGAGGAUGUGGAGCACAAUGAGUGAGGUGCAAGCUUACCUGCAGUACUUUGAUGACGCUGCAGAGUACGCCCGUAAAAUGGUGGACGGAUACGUGAAGCUGUACCACCCGAACAACGCUGCACUUGGUAUGGCUGCCAUGAGAGCAGGAGUGACCCACUGGCAGGCUGGGCAGAUAGAAGUUGGACACGGGAUGAUCUGCAAGGCCUACGCCAUUCUCAUGAUUACCCAUGGUCCAACACAUCCCAUCACUAAGGACCUUGAUGCAAUGCGCAUUCAGACAGAGAUGGAGCUGAGGAUGUUCAAACAGAAUGAGUAUGUGUAUCACAGUAUGAGAGAGGCAGCUCUGAAGAACAAACCUAUGACCAUGAUGCAUGAGCCCAAGUCUGUGGAGGAGGGAAUCAAGAAUCUCUUCCACCGGAGGAAGUGAUCACGUGACAGCAAUCAAGCGAACCACCCUAUUGUUUACUGUAAACCUGAGUGUUGAUAUGAGUCUAGCUUUUUAGCCACAUAAUCAUUUUCUGUAUCACUCACAAUU